AUGGCGACCACUCCAGUUGUGGAUAUCCAUACGCACAUAUACCCAACUACUUACCUCACCCUCCUGCGCUCUCGCACCAAGGUCCCGUACCUCCUCGACCUUCCCGACAAAAUGGCUCCGCCGCGUCUCAUAAUUCUCCCCUCGGACGACGACCCAGCCCUCCCUGCGCAUCAACGCGGCCGGCCCAUCGACUCGUCAUACUCAUCAAUAAACCAAAAGCUUGACUUCAUGAAGACACACGGCAUUACGACUUCCGUUAUAUCACUGGCGAACCCUUGGCUUGACUUCCUUAGCCCCGAAGAAGGACCUCAAUGGGCGGCGAAGGUCAAUAACGAACUUGAGGACAUUUGCUCAACAAGUCAAAAUAGCCUUUACGCUUUCGCAACGCUUCCCCUCUCCGCAUCUUCUUCACGCAUCACAGGCGAAAUCCAUCGCCUUCAGUCCCUGGCCCAUAUGCGCGGCAUCAUCCUCGGCACUACUGGGCUCUCCCAGGGCCUUGACGAUCCCGCUCUCGAGCCAGUCUGGUCAGCUCUCGAAAGCGCCAAGCUCCUCAUCUUCCUACACCCGCACUACGGCCUUCCAAGCUCUGUUUACGGGCCACGGGCUAGUGAGUACGGGCAUGUCUUACCACUCAGUUUGGGAUUUCCGAUGGAGACUACCAUAGCGUUCACGCGGAUGUGGUUGAGUGGAGUAUUCGAUCGUCACCCCAAACUCAAAGUAUUGAUUGCACAUGCUGGGGGCACUGUACCCUUCUUGUCAGGUCGAAUCAACAGCUGCGUGCAACAUGAGAGGCACUUUCCAGAAAAUGAAGGUGGCGGCAGGGGCCCGAAGAGAGGUCUGAAAGAGGUGCUGAGAGAGAAUGUCUGGCUGGAUGCUGUUGUUUAUUCACCAACAGGUGUAAGAGCAGCGGUGGAGGUUGUUGGGAAGGACAGGGUGCUGUUUGGGACUGAUCAUCCGUUCUUUCCGCCACUGGAUGAGGGGAAAGAAGAAUGGAUGAGUGUGGAGACAAAUAUUCAGGCGGUCAAGGACGCUUUUGGAGAAGAUAAGCAGGGCGCCACAAAGGUGCUGGGUGGGAACGCGAUUGAGCUUCUAGGACUCGAUGUUGCAGGCGAUGGCUAA